CCAAGCAGUCCUCAGUUCCUGGCCUCUUUGUGGCUCAGACUCCUCCACUUGGGAACUCGCCUUUCUGCUGGGAUGGCGUCGGCAGCCCAGCGGCCUCUGUCUCUUUAAGAGAGAGAGAAAGAGCAAAAUCAGGAAGUGAAGAGAGCUGAGAGUCAGGGCUCAGUGCUGAGCUCGGUGUUGGGCUGACCAGGAGGCAGGAGGAGGCCCUCUAGCCCCAGUGUCUGGGUUGUCAACGUGAGGCCACCUCAACUGGCCCAGCCUGUGGGUCCCUGGGUCCCGUGGCCACGAGGAGGCUAUGAGCACUGCCGAUGAAUGACAGCAAGCUCUGAAAGCUCUGGGGUGCCACCCUGUCCCACAAGCCUGCAUCUCCUGCAGCUGAGAUGGGCUCAGCCCCUGGACUUGCCACAGACAGAAAGCAUAACACAGACUCACUGAGAAGAGUCUUUGCCUGAUCCCAGGCAGUUCAGAGCAUCGGCACUGUUUCUGCUUCCUGGGACAAUCCCGGCCCUGGAUGCCAGGAACCUGAAAUUCUCAGUGCCUGGGAGAGCUGUCAGACAAAAGAGGUCAGUGAUGGAAUCCCAGACUCCCCAGGCAUGCUCUUCUUCCAGGCAGAAGGAGGCCGGCCAGCCAGGAGCAGGAGAUGCAGAGCACCAUCAGUUACCUGUGGCACACGGAUGACCUGCUGGGGCAGGGGGCCACCGCCAGUGUGUACAAGGCCCGCAACAAGAAAUCCGGGGAGGUAGUAGCCGUGAAGGUCUUCAACACCGCCAGCUACAUGCGGCCCCGGGAGGUGCAGGUGAGGGAGUUUGAGGUCCUGCGGAAGCUGAACCACCAGAACAUCAUCAAGCUCUUUGCAGUGGAGGAGACGGGGCCCGGCCGGCAGAAGGUGCUGGUGAUGGAGUACUGCUCCAGCGGGAGCCUGCUGAGCGUGCUGGAGAGCCCUGAGCACGCCUUCGGGCUGCCCGAGGACGAGUUCCUGGUGGUGCUGCACUGUGUGGUGGCUGGCAUGAACCACCUGCGGGAGAACGGCAUCGUUCACCGCGACAUCAAGCCUGGGAACAUCAUGCGCCUCGUGGGGGAGGAAGGGCAGAGCAUCUACAAGCUGACAGACUUUGGGGCUGCCCGCGAGCUGGACGACGAUGAGAAGUUUGUCUCCGUCUAUGGGACUGAGGAGUACUUGCACCCUGACAUGUAUGAACGGGCAGUACUUCGCAAGCCCCAGCAGAAGGCGUUUGGGGUGACUGUGGAUCUCUGGAGCAUUGGGGUGACCCUGUACCACGCGGCCACUGGCAGCCUGCCCUUCAUCCCCUUUGGUGGGCCACGGCGUAACAAGGAGAUCAUGUACCGGAUCACCACAGAGAAGCCAGCCGGGGCCAUUGCAGGCACUCAGAAGCGGGAGAACGGGCCCCUGGAGUGGAGCUACACCCUCCCCAUCACCUGCCAGCUGUCCGUGGGGCUGCAGAGCCAGUUGGUGCCCAUCCUGGCCAACAUCCUGGAGGUAGAGCAGGCCAAGUGCUGGGGUUUCGACCAGUUCUUUGCAGAGACCAGUGACAUCCUGCAGCGAGUCGUCGUCCAUGUCUUCUCCCUGUCCCAGGCAGUCCUGCACCACGUCUACAUCCAUGCCCACAACACGAUUGCCAUCUUCCUGGAGGCCGUGUACGAGCAGACCAGCGUGGCCCCCCGGCACCAGGAGUACCUCUUUGAGGGUCACCCCUGUGUCCUCGAGCCCAGCCUCUCAGCACAGCACAUCGCCCACACAACUGCAAGCAGCCCCCUGACCCUGUUCAGCAUGGCCAGCGAGACCCCCAAGGGGCUAACCUUCAGGGACCCUGCCCUGGACAUCCCCAAGUUCGUACCCAAAGUGGACCUGCAGGGAGACUACAACACGGCCAAGGGUAUGUUGGGCGCCGGCUACCAGUCCCUGCGGCUCGCACGGACCCUGCUGGAUGGGCAGGAGCUGAUGCUUCGGGGGUUGCACUGGGUGGUGGAGGUGCUCCAGACCACGUGCAGGCGGACGCUGGAGGUCACCCGGAUGGCUCUCCUCUUCCUCAGCAGCAGUCUGGGCACCGAUAGGUUCAGCCACGUGGCUGGGAGGCCUGAGAUCAAGGAGCUGAAGGAGGCCUCGGAGCUGAGGUCCCGGCUGCGGACUUUGGCCGAGGUCCUCUCCAGAUGUUCCCAAAAUAUCACAGAGACCCAGAAGAGCCUAAGCGGCCUGAGCUCUGAGCUGUUGAAGAACCGGGAUCAGGUACAUGAGGACAGAAGCAUCCGACAGAUUCAGUGCUGUUUGGACAAGAUGUAUCUCAUCUACAAACAGUUCAAGAAAUCCAGGAUAAGGCCAGGGCUUGGUUACAACGAGGAGCAGAUUCACAAACUGGAUAAGGUGAAUUUUAGUCAUUUAGCCAAAAGGCUCCUGCAGGUGUUCCAGGAGGAGCGUGUGCAGAAUUAUCAGGCAGCCCUUGUCAUGCAUGGCCAGCGGAUGAGGAUGGUUCACGAGACCAGGAACCACCUGCGCCUGGUUGGCUGCUCUGUGGCCGCGUGUAACACAGAAGCCCAGGGAGCCCAGGAGAGCCUCAGCAAGAUCCUUGACUGGCUAUCUCACCAGCUCCUUCAAGACAUGACAAAGGGGGUUCAGACCUCACCACCUCCCACAGACCCUUAUCCCAACCCUGAACCAACGGACCUGGUUCUCCACAUGCAAGAGCUCUGCAAGGAGAUGAAAGUGCUGGCGCUUGACCUCCAGGACAACAACCACGUCAUUGAACGGUUAAGUAGGGUCCCCACGGCUCCUGAUGUCUGAGCUCCAUGGGAUGUACAAGCCAUCCUGAAGCAUUAGAAUCAUUCAAUCACUGCUCUCCUGCACUGUGGGACCCGCCAGGCGAGGUCUGGUCCCAUCGCAUCAGCCUACCUCCCUCCUGGCUGACUGCCGGGAGAAGUCACCAGCAUUACCUUCUGCUGCCUUUCCUUCCCUCUGGGAAGCAACCAUGCAAGGACUGGGGCACCAGGCCAUCUCUUUGAGGACCUACAGGAAACCUUGGCUUCUGUGUGUAUGUGUGUGGCAGCUGUGGCCUGGGUUGACCGAUGUAUCUUAUCCAGGCUCAGGUACCGCUCCCCUGCUCCUCCAUCGCUCUGGACGGAAGGGCUGUACCUGGCUGGGCUGUGGGGAGAAGAGGCUCAGCAGCCCGCUCUGGUUUAAAGGACUUCGCUCCUCAGGAAACAGGGGAGGAGGCCUGGGGUUUCCCCAGGGUGUUGUGUCACAACCUCUUCUAGUCUCGGUCUUCCUUCCUCUUAAAGUGUGUUGUGUUGUACACAGCCCUCUCCAGGCUCCUGUGAUUUCUGAGGGUUACCACAUUCAGACCCAGGCAAUGCAAGCUUGAUUUUCCUUCUCCUCUUGGGCUGGCUGAGCCUAGGGUUGGAGAAAAUGCCUCCCAGACCCUCUGCUCUCUCUGAAGUUCUACCAGAUCCUGGGAUAGGCAGCCAGCCGGUGUCAACAGGCAGCCAUGCCAACUAGCAUGUGCUUCAAAGUCCAGAAUCCUAAGGAGAAAAGAGGCCUGCACCUUCAAGAAACAGAAUAAACAUGGCCUUCUUUUCUA